AUCUAAAUAUUAAUAUAUCAUAGAUUUAUCCUAUGAUAAUAUAUUAAUUAAACUUUGGUUAUCAUAUCAAAAUUAUUUAGAAAGUAUUAAUUAAAUUUUAGUAGAAAUUUCUUUUCGUUUUCUUUUUUUUUUUUUUUUUUCUAUUUAUUAGAUUAUUAUCGUUUAUUAAAAAGUAAAAAUGAAAUAGAACAAAAAGAAUUACAAAUAGCAACAAUUAAUAUAAUCAAUCAAAUAAAACAAGGUUCAUAUAUAACAAUUAAUCAAAACGAAGAAUUAAAAAAUUUAUUAGAAAAAAUUUAUGAAACAAAUCGACGUUUAAUUAAACAUGCAGAUACAAAAACACAAAUUAUUUUAGAAAAAGAAUUAAAUGAUUUACAAAAAUCAAUUCAUGAUAUUAAUUUUAAUCUUAAACAAAAACGUGAAACACUUGCUACAAAUAAAAAUCGUGAACUUACACAACAUCGAACUGAAUUACAACGUAUACGACAAGCUAUAACAGAAAUAUCUUCUGAACUACAUCCUGAUGAUACACGUCAAUUAAUACAAAAAUUAAAUUUACUUGAAAUUCAAUGGACUGAUGCUGAACAUUUUGAAAAUAAAUUUCUUCGAUUUAUUCAAUGGUUUGAAAAUUUUCUUAAUAAUGAAAUAAAUCAACGAUUAAAUGGUUUAACAAUUCAAACAAAUAAACGAAAAUAUGCUAAUGAAUUAUUAAUUCAAGCACGUCUUUUACAAUCACAAUUAACUGAUCAAAUACAAAUAGAAAUAAUUAAACAAAAAAUUGAACAAUUAGAACAUAUUAUGGAUACAAUAGAACAACAUGUAGAGAAAAGAAUUAAAAAAACAGAAAUUACUUGUAAAAUGUUCAAUGAAUUUGAACAAGGUUGUGAAAAUAUUCGUUUAUGGAUGGAUACAAUUGAAACAAAUUUACAACGAACAUUACCAACACAAAAUACAAAUGAAUUUCAUAUUCAUCAACAAUCAAUUGCUGCAAUUGAAAUGGAUAUUGAAAAGCAUAGUACAGUGAUGAGUAGUCUUCUUGCACUUGGUCAUAAUUUAUUAAAUGAUACUGAUAUUUCUUCACGAACAAUCGAUUCAUUAUCACGUAGAAUUCAAACAUUAGAACAACGUUGGUUAUCAUUAAAUGAAUUAAUAAAAAAAAACGAAAAUUCGAGUAAAUUAUUUUAA